AUGCGAAAAGAUCCAAAUCGAGUGUCUGGCGAACCGAUGACGUUGAAUUUCGGUCCCCAGCAUCCGGCAACUCACGGCACACUUAGAAUUGUCGUAGAACUUGAUGGCGAAACCGUCCUGAAAGCAACGCCCCAUCUCGGUUACCUGCAUACUGGUUUCGAGAAGCUAGGAGAGCACCACGACUAUAACCAGUAUAUUGUUGUAACUGACCGGAUGAACUAUCUCUCACCGUUGUCUAACAACUUCGGUUAUGUACUCGCUGUGGAGAAGCUGAUGGAUAUCCAAGUCCCGGAGCGUUGUGAAUACGUUCGCGUGAUUCUUGCUGAACUCUCCCGCAUCGCAGAUCACAUGAUUUGGCUCGGUAUGGGAGCAUUAGACCUUGGGGCAUUCACAGUCAUGCUAUAUGGCUUUGAAGAACGGGAGAAAUUGUACAGCAUCUUCGAGAAAACCACCGGUGCUCGCCUGACCACCAGCUAUACCCGUGUUGGGGGAUUGAUGAGAGAUAUCUACGACGGCUUUGAGGAAGAUGUCCGGACGUUCCUGAGCACCUUUCCGAAAACCCUGAAAGAGGUUCACACGCUGCUGACCCGAAACCGAAUUUGGAUGGAUCGUACCAAAGACGUUGGAGUUGUAUCAGCCGAAGACGCAAUUGAUUAUGGGCUUACAGGCCCAUGUCUGCGUGCCUCCGGAGUGGAUUGGGAUUUAAGAAAAGCAGAGCCAUAUUCCUACUAUGAGGAGUUCGAUUUUGAUGUUCCCGUUGGUACCAAUGGCGAUGUUUAUGAUCGUUACCUAGUACGAAUGGAAGAGAUGAUUCAGAGCGGUCGAAUUGUUCAGCAGGCACUGGAUAACCUUCCCGAUGGACCUGUCAAUGUGGAUGACUAUAAAAUUAGCCUUCCAACAAAAGAGGACGCCUACGGGAAUAUCGAAGGUUUGAUCCACCACUUCAAGAUUAUUAUGGAUGGGCAUGGGGUCCAGCCCCCUGCGGGUGAAGUCUAUUGUGCCACCGAGUCUCCGAACGGUGAACUGGGAUUUUAUAUCGUCAGUGACGGCAGCGGUAAAGCGUACCGAAUUCGUAUCCGUCCACCCAGUUUUAUGCACUUCCAAGCAGUGCCUCACAUGAUUGAAGGCGGUAUGGUAUCAGAUAUCGUCGCCGUAUUGGGUAGCCUAAAUAUUAUUGCCGGAGAAUUAGAUCGGUAG